GUUCUGUCGUCGUUACUCAGCAGAGACAAACACGAUGUUGUUCGCCGCCGCAACUCUGGUACUUUUCCUCACCGGGGGAUCCGCUCAUCUCUGGGCUAGACUGAUUCCAAGGUCAAACAUCCCCAUCCCGAUGCACCCUAAACCCUCGGCUCAGCUCUUCCCGCUGAGUUUCAUCAAGGUUGAUAAACAGAGAGCUGAACUGUUCCCACUGUCAAACAUUGAAGUCAAGAAACCAAUGGCUCAGCUGUUUCCGUUGUCCUUUAUUCCUGUUGGUCCGAAGGCUGAACUGUUCCCGCUGUCAAACAUCAAGGUCAGCAAACCGGAAGCUGCCCUUUUUCCUCUGUCAAACAUCCCUGUUGGUCCAAGGGCUGAACUGUUUCCUCUGUCAAACAUCGAGGUUAAAAAACCGGAAGCUGCCCUGAUUCCGCUGUCAAACAUCCCUGUUGGUCCCAGACCUGAACUGAUUCCACUGUCAAACAUCCCUGUUGGUCCGAGGGCUGAACUGAUUCCGCUGUCAAACAUUCCUGUUGGUCCCAGACCUCAACUGAUUCCGCUGUCAAACAUCCCUGUUGGUCCGAGGGCUCAACUGUUUCCGCUGUCAAACAUCGAGGUUAAGAAACCGGAAGCUGCCCUGAUCCCUCUGUCAAACAUUCCUGUUGGUCCUAGAGCUGAAUUGACACCUUUGACAAACAUCCCUGUUCGUCCCUUGGCUCAACUGGUACCGCUGUCCAACAUCGAGGUAAAGAAACCGGAAGCUGCAUUGAUCCCUCUGUCAAACAUCCGGGUCAACAAACCAGAGGCAGUUCUUAUCCCCAGCCAUGCCAUCAAGGUCACGAAACACACGAAAGCCGAGCUGUUCCCUCUGAACAACAUUGAAGUGAAGAAGGACAGGGCUACCCUGUUUUAAUGGCUCAAUGCAUAAAUACAGGACUCUAAUAAAAAUGUAAAGAAUA